CCAAGAAAAUGGAAUUCUCAGUCAGCUCCAUGGUCGUCUCCAUUGUUUGUGUGGGGUUAAUAGCAUUGGGGUGGAAAGUAGUGAACUGGAUUUGGUUGAAGCCGAAGAAGUUUGAGAGGCACCUAAGGCAGCAAGGUCUUUCUGGAAAUUCUUACAGGCUCUUGAUUGGAGACUUGAAUGACAACUCCAAGAUGACCAAAGCGGCACUAUCAAAGCCCAUGGAGCUCUCACAUGACAUUGUGCCUUAUGUUCUACCUCUGCUCCAUGAUAUCUUCAACAAAUACGGGAGAAAAUCUUUCGUUUGGCUUGGCCCAAUGCCGAGUGUGAUCCUGUUUGAUGCUGAAUUAAUGAGGGAAGCUUUUACAAAGUAUAGGGUGUAUGAGAAGCCACAUUCAAACCCACUCAUCUCAUUACUUGCGACUGGCCUCGUAGGCCACGAGGGUGACAAAUGGGUCAAACAUAGAAGGAUUAUCAACCCAGCUUUCCACGUUGAAAAGAUGAAGGAUAUGUUACCUGCAUUUCAUGCUGCUUCUGAAAACAUGUUGAGCAAAUGGGAGAUGCUUUUCUCAUCAAAGGGGACUUGUGAAGUGGAUGUGUGGCCUUAUCUUUGUGCUUUUGCGGGCGAUGUGAUUUCUCGGGCUGCAUUUGGUUGUAACUUUGAAGAGGGACAAAGGUUUUUCCAGCUCCAAAAGGAACAAGCUGCUUUUAUACGCAUAGUUCUGGACUCGGUCUACAUACCAUUUUUCAGGUUUCUACCAACUAAAAUGAACAGGAGGAUGAAACAGAUCGCCAAGGAAAUGGAUACUUGUUAAGGGGAAUAAUUAACAAAAGAGAGAAGGCAAUGAGAGCAGGAGAAGCCACUGAAGAUGACUUGUUGGGUAUACUUCUGAAAUCCAAUUUCAACGAGAUUCAAGAGCAUGCCAAUGACAAGGAUGUCGGGAUGAGUAUCGAAGAAGUGAUAGAAGAGUGCAAAUUAUUCUACUUAGCUGGAGAAGAAACGACCAGAGAUUUGAUUAACUGGACAUUAGUGCUAUUGGGAAAAUAUCAAGAUUGGCAAAUGCGUGCGAGAGAAGAGGUUGUGACGAUCUUUAAGAACAACAAACCAGACUAUGCUGGGUUAAAGUGCUUGAAAAUUGUGAACAUGAUCCUGUACGAGGUUCUUAGGUUGUACCCAUCAGUUAGUUUCACGAUCCGAGAGAUCACGAAGGAGACGAAACUAGGAGAUAUUUCUCUACCACCUGGUACGCAGCUUGCAGUGCCAAUCCUUUUUGUUCAUCAUGACAAAGAAAUCUGGGGUGACGAUGUCCACGAAUUCAAACCUGAGAGGUUUUCUGAAGGGAUCUCAAAGGCAACAAAGAAUCAAGUAGCAGCAUUCUUUCCAUUUAGCACAGGUCCCAGGACGUGCAUUGGACAAAACUUCGCGAUGAUUGAAGUGAAAACGAUUAUAACGAUGAUUUUACAGCGCUUUACGUUUGAGCUUUCUCCAGCCUACAGACAUUCUCCUUCAAACAUUCUCACUCUUGAACCACAAUAUGGUACUCCAAUCAUUUUUCAAAAAAUCUAGGACUCAAGUUCAACUUUGUUAGUUGUAAUGCUUCUCAUAUUUCCAUAUAAAUAACAUGUAAUAAUUAGCACUUCAAUAAAAUGUUUGUGUAAUGUUUUGAUUUGUAUGAGAACUUGAUCUUUCAAACGAUAUUUUCUGCACUAGCU